AUGAGUUUAACCAGUGUACGCAAAGGUGUAGCCGGAAGAGGAAAAAGUAAGAAAAUAAAAGGUGUUUCGAGGUCUGAAAAGGCCGGUCUGCAGUUCCCUGUUGGCCGGAUUGCCCGGUAUCUCAAAAUUGGUAGGUAUGCUGAACGUGUUGGUUCGGGUUCUCCAGUCUAUCUCGCUGCUGUUCUUGAAUAUCUUGCUGCUGAAGUUCUGGAUCUUUCUGGUAAUGCAGCGAAAGACUUCAGAAAGACGAGGAUUACCCCGAGGCACAUUCAAUUGGCGGUGCAGAAUGAUGAGGAGCUCAGCUUGUUAUUAAGAUCCGUUACGAUUCCUGGUGGAGGUGUAUUGCCUAACAUUCACUCUACUUUGUUGCCACAUAAGGUUGGCAAAAAGAAAAGUGAAGUUGGUUCUCAAUCGGAGGAACUCUGAGCUAAUUAUUACCCAUGUUAUGAACUUGUGAUUAUCA